AUGGAGGGGCAUGACAUUCCUCUUGGCACUCUCAAGCAGUGUCUCCAGUUUUUGACGGGGUUUUAUGAGCGGCGGGGAAAGCUCAAGUUAGACGGAGUACUAGGUGAACUAGAGGGGCGUAUUGGAGACAAAUAUGCUAAUUUUAACAAACAAAAUUUUGAACGAGAAUUCAAAGCAUGGAUAGACCACGUAUCAAUCUUUUAUAUAAAAUUGACAACUUCCCGUGUCAGAAUUGCGGGCUCAAUUGAUCUUUCUAGGUAUUCAGCAAAACAGCUUCUCGAUGCGCUCCUGGAAUGCAUUCCCAAGUUCCUCGCCGCGAUGUACCAUUUAUGGUACCGCGUGGAUAAAUGGUUCGAAGCAGUGGGCGGGGGGGAUUGGAGGGAUAAUUGGCCUGGGGUAGAUGGGUACGUAUACUGGUGGUCGUACUCUAGAGGUGAUUCUUGGGGAGGUGAGCUUCAGCGUUAUCUCACGACGAAGCCAGGCGAUAAGCUGCGCGGUGAUCCCAACGGUGUCGUGCCGGGAGGCUUCGAUGCAAAUGAUCUGAAAGUGGGGUGGUACUACUAUUCUGACGAGAGUUAUACCCGGGGCAGAGAUAUGGUAGAGGACAUUACACGAAUCAUAAACAAGCGUUCUAAGAACUAUAAUUUUUUCCGCGACGUCUUCGUCACUUCAGUGUUUCACAACACUGCAGGCACACAGCCCGUGAACAUAGCUAACGCUGUUGGUUUAGUGGGAGUAUUUUGCGAGAUUGUGGCUGAGGAGGCAAAGAAAGAUAAAGAAGGCGGACAGUUAAUACAAGCAUUGAAUGAAGAUUUAAAAAAGCAAUCAGGAUUUCAAGGGAGAUCCAUAAAUUGGGGUGAAUUGAAAAAGCAUUGCGCCAGACUUAAAAAUUCCCUAAUAGACAAAUUGUUCAACGAUCGAUACUUUAACCACACUGGCCAAUCUCCGGAUAUUAACAAUCUCAAUCAGACGGAAUUCGCAAAAAAGACGGCGCAGUGGUUUAGGGACAGAUUGUUGACAGUGCGGCAGAACUUGAGGAAAAGUUACCGUUUUGAUUACACUUCCAGAGCGGUUCCGCUUAACUUUUUUGCCUCCAAAUUUCUUUUCCCUCACGGAUUCAUAUUUGGUAAGCAUGGCUAUGGAACGCUGGGGGACGAUCGGCAUACUUUGAAGAAGGAUUGGCCUAUUGUCAUAGAUAUGCUGGGCAGAAAUGGUGACGGCUUGGCGGAGUUGAAAAGGAUUUUGGAGGGUGAGAAGUGUCCUCCCCCGGCUCCGCCUCCAAAACCACGACCUAGGCCGGCGCCUGCGCCAAGGCCUUCGAGGCCUGGCAGACCUGCACCACCAGGGACUUCCAGAACUUCGACCACGAGGCAGUCCGGUCCAAGGCCUUUUGGAAGUCGGUCGUCUGUUGGGAGCCAUGUUUCUGGUGCUAGAGGAGGAGGCGCAAGAGGGACGGGGACUAACCAUAGAGGAGGGGGAUCGGGGGCUCAGGGAAGUAGAGGACGAGGCGCAGGGCCUGGAGGUACUUCAGGUGCUAAGAGCACACAGAAGACAAGAGCUCCAGGGCGUCCGAUGUCUAGUAACCCCCAACCCUCACAAUCUCAAAAUGAUCCCCAGCAUCAUUCCCAACAACCUCCUCUUGCCUCCAGUGCUCCUGGAGGCGAUGGCCCCCCGGAUAAGUCAGGGGGCCCGGGUCCAAUUUCAACAGACAGUGUUACUCCAGGUACACGGACUACUUCAUCUCCACAAGAUGUUCUUACUCAGACUCCGAGUGUCUCAGGUUCAAACACUGGGUCAGAUGGUGGUGGAGGGGCCAAGCAAGGCGGUGGUCAAGAGACAACUCAAGAUGUAAGCGGUGUCACUACAACGUCGGGUGACACGGCGGCUGGUGGAGGUGGAGGGGGUAGAGAUCCGCAGUCUCAAGUUAUUGAUAAAAAGGAUUCACAAAACUGUCCUGCGGGUGCUACAGAAGUUACCGCAGUUAAUUCUCAAGGUUACAUUUGCUGGCCGCCGCCACCGUCCAUGAAAACUCCUGCCAGAAUCAUACCUUAUGACCAGAGGCCUUCGUCUUUGAUCUUGAAAAAACUGAAUGACCAAGAGUCAAACGCCCUAAAAGAAGAAGAAAAGGAGAAGCACAAACAGCAUGCCAUAAAUGUCGCUUUUGCCAACUCUUUCAACGGGUCGAAAAUAACUCCUCCGGACCCAAUUGAAUACUACUACGGCGGGCUGACAGGGAAUGUUGUGAGAGAUGACUCAGGCGUUAUACGGCAAAAAUCAUUUCUUGAAAAGUCUUUAGAUGCCAGUAAACAAAUAUUCGAGGAGAGCAAAUCAAAACUUCAGGCGCUGGAUAAUGAUAGAAAGCGUUCGAUGUAUUUUGGCGGCGGUGGUGUCGACAUUAGGAUUCCAAAUAAACCGCUUAAUGUGUCCUUUGAAAUCACAAAGCCUCUAGACCGUAAUGCAGACAAAUUUCCGGAUCCAUUACUGACCGCUCUUCACGAUCCAGAAGAAUUCGGCCUUGGAGGGGAAGAAGUGUACGCUGAGGAUUAUCCACUUGUGUCUGGUGUUGGAGGGGAACCAGUAGUGGGAGACCCUAAUAUCUCGCAAAAAGAGAACCACAUCGCAGGAAUUCAGGAUCUCCGCCAAAAAUUAUACGAAAAACAAAAGGUGGAGGUUGAAAAGCUUAAUAGGGUGCUAGAAGAGGGAGAAGAGAAGAGAAAGGAAGCUGAAGCACAAUAUGCAUUCGACCAGUUUAAAGGUAAAAAUGAUUUUCUUAAAGAUCUUUGGAAAGUUGAAGAUUUCAGAAUCUCUGGUCCGCCGUCGCCCCAAACUGAUGAACAAAAAAUUGAUCUCCGCAUCGACGUCCCCAAGCCCAUUCUUCAAGACCCUGUCCACGACUUUGACUUCGAUGAAGACUCGACGCAUAUAAAUGAUGAUGCACUGUCCAACAGUGUCGCUCCAUACAAACCUGCCAUCUCAUUAAAUGUUCUACCUCCAAAGGCCAAGCAGUUACCGCCGCCAACAACAGACUUCGACAGAAGUAAAAUAAAUCGACAAACUCUACCAAUGUGUAUACCGGAUUGGUCUACUAAGACGCCAACACAUGACGCCACCGACAUCCCCGAGACGGAGCUGUUCCCCUCCGAGGCGCCGCGUACAGUCAGGGAGAUGCUUGUUUGGAUGGCCGGACUGCGACACCCGAGGCACCAAGAGACUCUGAAACUGUGUAUUACUAACGCUUUCAAGCGCGGCGAUGAUGACCCUUCAGAUCUCCGACUCUCAGUCAACAAUUCUGAAAUUACCCCUCAACAAGUUUUUCAGAUCUUAAAACUUGCCGCCGUGUUCGCGUCUUCAGUGCUCAAUUCCAUCGCGCCUAAGUGGAGGAUGGCGGUGCCGUCUGUAACUUCAGCGUCUAAGGACCCUGAUUGCUGCGCCCUCCUCUGCCAGCUGCGGGACUACGUCUACGCCUGCUGCCACCAGUUGGCGUUCUUAAAGUCGCAGUGUUCUCGGGAUCAACUCAAUGGUGGCUGGCAGGAUUGUCGUUAUGGCAGCAAUGUAUCAUCUCCCAAGUCCCCUCUCCAGGUCUUCCUAACUGACGCCCCUGCCUCCAAGUUCAAGACAGAUCCCUUCGACCCGUGUGACAUCUGCCUCAAGAGCCGCGUCAACAUGGGAUUCACAAAGGAGGAUCUGCCUGAGAAAUUGGAAACUGGCAAGCAUAUUUCCACCAUCCUCAGUCCCACCUGCGGCGGCGAGGACCCUUUGUUGACGCUGUCCUCCUACCUCAACUGCCUCACCAGGCGGACGCCGCGCACCACCGGGGAGCUUGUCUCAUUCUUCCACAAUUUCGGGAAUUCACUGCACAAGCCUCCAUCAGAGUUGUCUCCACUGGGCUCCGCCCUCUCCAAACGACAUGACGACUGCCCUGACUGGGAUUGUCUCAAGGACGCCGACCUCCAAGUCAUCAAGUACGUCCGGGGCUCCGACACUCUCAACUCCAACCACGACAAGGACCAUCCCAACACCCUGUCCACGCUGCUUGGCUGCAACAUCACCAAUGCCAACUGCACACAACUCAUGAAGCCCAUCACCUACCGGGCCUACGCCCUGUACUCUUCCAGCUUCGUCCACGACUACCUCAGCUGGACGGUGUAUCUACCAGACAGACUGUGGGAGUCACUGCUCAAGUUGCACUGCGAUCUCGAGAAGCUUCAAUGUCACGACUCCAAGGCCAAGCCUCUCCACCAGUGUGACAAGGCCCUGCCGCUCCUCUACAAGCACGGCAUCACCCCGCCGGACGGGACACUACAAUCACGAAUCUCCUGUUCCAAGGUCAUCACCAAGCUUGAGGCAGUGGUUGCAGGUGGGCCUAUCGCAAGGCUUAUGACCGCCAUGGACACAUUCCUCUACGGCAUCCGAGCACCGUUCCUCUACACCAUCACAGCACUCUGGCUCAUCGCCACGCUCUACAUCGCCCACUCGCUACUCUACCGCAUGGACGUCCUGCGCAUCCGCUCCCACCUCCUCACCACCAGGGCCUCCCACCUCAUCGACGUCAAGGCUUUGCUCGCAGGCAGCCGCAGGAUGCUCUCGCUCUACAAGGACGUCGACUACUUCGACGAUGACUUUCACUCAUGA